AUGGCCACCACCUUCCUCCUAUCGGCUGUCGUCGCUGCUUGCGCAAUUCUCGCCUCCGUCUCCGCGUCCUCGCCGCGGGUGCUCACCAUCGGCGGCGACGCCAGGGGGUGGAGGCAGCCGGCGCCCGGCGAGGAGACCUACAACCACUGGGCCAGCAGGAGCCGCUUCCACGUCGUGCUCGCAUUCUCCAUUAUAACGUCGGCCGUUCCGUCCAUUUGGCUUGCAGACUUCAGGUACGCGAAGAACGACUCGGUGCUGGUGGUGACCCGCGACGACUACAAGGUGUGCCGCGGCGACCGGCCGGCCCUCCGGCUGGACGGCGGCGAGGAGGCCAGGUUCCGGCUCGAGCGGAGCGGCCCCCUCUACUUCAUCAGCGGCGCGCCGGGGCACUGCGACGCCGGGCAGAGGCUCACGGUGCGCGUCAUGGCGCAGCACGACGACGCCUCCUCCUCCCCGGCGGAUGCCCCCGCCGCCUCCACGAGGCCGGGGUCCGGGUCGGGAGCUGUGAAGGCCGGCGACGGGAAGACCAGCGCCGCCGCGGCGUCGGUUCGCGCGUCGAUCGGCGACGUGCUUGUCGCAGCCGCUGGGGUUCGUGGCGGAGCGGCAUUUCGUCGAGCACGCUGCGGGCGUGCGUGAGGGAAGGCCGGCGGCGACAGCGGCGCGGCGGUCGACGCGCGCGCGGGCUCCUCCCGGCGAGGCGCGCGGCGGCCAGGGAGGCGAGGCGAGGGAGGCGAGGCGAGGGAGGGAGAGGAGGGGGUGCUCACCUCGGUUGCCGGCGCGGGGAGAGGUGGAGAGCGGCGGGCGAC